AAACCGCCAUUGUUAAUCGUUCUUAGGAUACAUACACACAAAGCAGUGAUUGUAGUUUAAUUUUAUUUUUCUCAAUUAUCAUUGUAACUGUAAAGAAAUAUUGUAACUUCUUAAAAUGAGUUCUGAAAACGAUAAGCAAGAUAUGCAUGCUCCCAAAGUUAAUCAAGUUGCCCAGGAGUACAUUGAUGCAUUGUUGAAGGAAGAAGCUCGUUUGCCUGAAGAUUUUCCCCUUUGCUCGGCAUUAAUAAGAGAUGCUAUUGAUCGCAUCUAUCUAACUGGCCGCAUACCUGGCAAAGAACUUAAAGCCGAUGUAUUCCAGCAAAAACCCAUCAAACUUACCCAGACUGUAUAUAUUCCCGUCAAACAAUAUCCCCAUUUCAAUUUUCUUGGCAAAAUUCUCGGACCCAAAGGCAAUACCCUCAAACGUUUGCAUCAAGAAACUAUGUGCAGCAUAGCCAUUAGGGGUCGUCGUUCUAUGCGUGAUCAGGAACGUGAAGAAGAAUUGCGUCAAUCCGGUGAUCCAGCCUUUAAUCAUUUGAAUAAGAACCUUUAUGUUGAACUUUCUACGGUAGCACCACCAGCCGAGGCUUAUGCUCGCAUAGCAUAUGCUUUAAGUGAAAUACGUAAAUACAUCAUUCCUGACAAAAACGAUGAGAUUUCCCAAGAACAAUAUCGUGAGCUAAUGGAAAUUGAUCCGAAAUUGGCCAAGACAAGUUUUGGCAAUAAGCCUGUGGCGAAAAAAUCUGUUUUCCAAAAACUUGCCUCAUUGGGUGCUGCUCAAGGCUUUGGAUAUGACGAUUCAGAUGACGAGGGGGAGACUAGUGCCCCGCCAGCGACAUAUGGAGGCUAUAAAAAGCCUUCAUACGCGGCACCAGCGCCAUCUUUUAAACGGAAUGAAUCCUCACCAUUUGCCGCUAAAACUAAAGCUUUUCGUGCACAGCCUUAUACGCGGAACCCACCGUUCCAACAAAGGAUGAAAAAAUAAAUGACAUAUAAAAAAUGAUAUACAUAUAACAUAUAAUAUAACAAGUAAUUAUAAGAUAUUUUAUGCAUAAUGACAACAUUUUACAUAAAACAUAUAAUGGGUACAUGCAUAGAGCUACCAAAAUGAACCUUAUAACAAAACAUAAAACGUCAAAUCUUGAAGUCAAUGAAUUUUUUUCUAUAAAUGUAAAAUUAUAUAUAAAUACAAGAUCAACAAGAUUUAUGCAAAUAAAAUUUAAAUAAUAACUACAACAA